CUUCUCUCUCUCUCUCCCCACCAUCACGCCUUUCACUCGUUGAUGAAACUUCAGUUUGUGAAACACUUGAGGCGAUUGUGAUAGUUUCGGGUUCUUGUGGAUGUUGGACGCGACCAGGAGAGAUGUAGUAAAGUCAUGGGUACAGAGGCAGUAGAGGACUGCGUGCAGGGAGCGCUCUCAUCCCUCUACCCUCCGUUUGAAAGCACAGCUCCUCCUCUGCUCUCUCAGGUGUUCUCUGUACUCGAGUCCACGUAUCAGCACGACAGCUUGAGGUAUCUCUUGGAUUUCUUCAUUCCUGCCAAACAUCUUCUGCACAGAUUACAGCAGCAUGCAUGUUCUCAGUAUCUGGGCUGUCUCUUCUUGCAUUCUGGUUGGCCUCUGUGUUUGGAAGAGAAGGUAGUAGUACAACUAUCUACUUUGGAUUGGAGACUCCUGCGCAGUACCGACUUCUACCUGCAGGUGGUGCCCUUCUCAACACGCUGCCCCCGCCUUGCUCUUAAGUGCCUCGCACCAGGUGGGCGCAAUGUACAGGAGGUCUUAGUGCCAGAGUCUCAGCACUCACUCGUGUUCACUGCUGAGUGGCUACAUUGCAUCAACAAGGAGCGUGGCUGCAACAGAGAAGGUGGAGGAUGUUUGGACACCUGUCUGGUGAGUACAUCAGACGGAGUGGUCCGUAUUCCAUGGGAAGAGGUGGUAUAUCCUAAACUCCUGCACAAUCCCUCUGACCCACUCAAAGACAAUAUUGACCCAAUUGGCCUGUCCCACACUUCAGGGAGUCUGGACCUUGGCUGGGGCUCCUCCGCAGGAGACCAUGAUUCCUGGUCCUGGGAUGAAGAAGAUGACUUGCCUCCAGAUAAGGAUGAGGCAGAUAUUGAGACUGCGUUAGAACAGCUGCGAAGAAGCAGUGGUUCCCACCUUGCAGGCGAUGGUGCUGGAGAUUAUGUGGAGCUGCUAGAACCUCGAGGAGGCCCAGAUGGUGGAGCUGAUCCUAAACCGCAAUAUUUGGAGAUGCAUGGGAUUUGUAAGACCAAAACAUUGCCUCUGUGCCGGAGAGGUAAAGCAUUCCGACUGCGGAAGGGGAAGGCUAGAGGGUAUGCACGGACCGAACCAGGUGGAAAGGCUGGAAGUCUGGUACGAAGGGACAGCAACAACAAUGGCAGGGAUGGUGUAGUUUCCUGCAGGGAUCUAGCUAGCUCACGGCCCCUGCCUCGUGUCAUUGAUUUGGGUCGUGAAAGGAGAUUGUGCCCCCGUUUGUUCAAGGACUAUAAUGAAGAUGCUAGAGACCCAGUAGGUCUGGAAGAUAGAACUCUUGGUAUAGACAGUCCAGCCAAAGAAAGGAGACCAGGGGUAGGAAAAGAGAGAGAUGGGAUUGGGUGUACACUUCCCUGGGAGGAGAGCCAGAGAAGGAAGUCUUCCACAGAUGCUGUUGAUGACGUGAGGAACAAAGCAGAUAAACCUGGAGAGGGACAGAGGGACUACACUAAGCGAUCACAGAGUCUUAGUGAUGAUACAACAUUGACCAGCACUUUUCACAGUGGAAAUGAAAUUGCACCAUCAGCAAAACCCUCCAAAGGUGAUGGUAAUGAAGCCCUCCCAUACACUAUGCAUGGAGAAACAGAAAACAGAAUCAAGCAACUGGAUGGUGGAUCUAGGAGAACGUCCCUCUCAGAUUCUCUCCUAAACAAUGAACCAGAAUCAUCAAGUUGUGCUCAAAGAAGAACCCAACACUCAGAUAACAUCAAAGACCAGAAGACAGACACAGUUCUGUCACCAUCAGGUUCUGUGAGUCCCACAAGAGACAAGCAUGAUGGGAAGUCAGAGAUCUGUGUAUGUCCCAGAGGAAAGGAAGUAAAAACUGGAGGAUUCAGAGCACCAAGGAGGAAAAGGAAGGGCAAAGGAGGAAAAGGCAAGGUCAAAUCAAAUGGCCGUGUCCAACAAAAAACCAAAGGUGAUCACACCGCCUCUAAGAAUCAGACCAAAGCAACACAACCAAGUGACUUAACAAAAUCACCAAAGAGCCUUACUGGCCAAUCAGAGAAGACUCCUCAGCUUUCAAAAGUUUGUAACGGCUGUACAACAGCCACUAACACAGAAACGCCAGCAAAGACAGAUGCCAAAAAUGAAGUUUCAGACUUAUCAUGUAAUACAGAGGGCCAGUCUACCACAUCUAUUCCAGAUCACUCUCAAACGGAAACAGGAUUGAUUGAAUCUGCUGCUCAGUUAAAGUUUAAAUCAGCCCCCACUCCCCGCCUUAGGGAACUAGAUUUCAAUCUACUGCAAUCAGGAAAGCUCAUGUUAACAGGUACUAUGGACCGAUUGGGGCGAGCAUUGGUUGUCACAGAAAGUCACAUCCCAGAAGAUGGCUGGAACGAAGAGGAAAUGAUCAAAGUGUUGAUGUGUUAUUACACCAUCACCAGACCUAUGGCCAAAGAAAAAGGCCUUACUAUCAUCGUAGACAGCAGAAAGUCCUCUUCAUCUGAACUCUGUUUCUCUGCACUGAAGGCCUUUAAGGGACAAGAGGCAGCAGGGCUUGACUCAGUUCUUAUACUAACUGAGGAACAAGAUGAAUCAAUCCAACCCUGUCUGGAUGGCAUAGAGGUGCACACAGUGCGAGGUACCGGCAUCCUACAGCAGUUUGUGGACAAGCAGCAGCUGCCCAGAGAAAUGGGUGGAGAUUUUAACCACUCACACGCUGACUGGCUGACAUUCAGACUGAGUCUGGAAGAGUUGACUGAGCGCUGUGAGAGCGCCCUCACCCUGCUGGGAGAUGCACUGCAGUCGAUGGACACACAGCCACUACCUGACUGCAUCAAGAACGUUCCUCUUAGCGUUGGCAAACACGCGCAGUUAAUGACGAGCAUCCUCACUGAUCAACGGUUGACGGAGCUGCAGCAGAGGGGCGGGGCUUGGCUCGCAAGUCUGGCCAAUGGGAUGUCAGGGUUGGCACAGAAAUCACCAGAUUGCAAGGCUGCUUUGGCAGUGACCUCUAACCUCUAUGAUGGUGUGGACGAUGCGCUUCACCGUCUGGUGCGUUUGUCCAAUCAGAGGGGCCGUGAUCUGGACGCAUUGGGACGAUUGGCUGCACUUGUAGAUAAACUGGAUAAGUGUGAGCGAGAGAUUCAGCAGGUCCAGGAACAGUUAGAGGACUACAAACUUCCUCCCCUGUCUCUAAGCAGCUUGUCUCUCAAACAGCACAAGUUUAAGAGCUUCAGAGAAUCUGCUAUGGAGCUUCACAGUGAGACUCUGGUGUUACUGGGAGAAGUGGAGAGCUGGUCUGAUCUGGACUGGGACGGCUUCAAGACAGUACUGGACAGACUCCCUCCCAUUAGGGAAAAAGUGCGAGACGUGUCUCACUGUCUGUCAGACUGCUGGACGCAACUGGACAACACACAGAGACUUCUGUCCACACUUACUGAAGCCUCUCAGUGGUGUGAUGUGGUGUCAUCUUCAUCUCCCUCCUCCUCUCCUCUCUCCUCCCUCCCACCCAUCCCUCCAUCACGUUUCCAGGACGCUCGGGCCCUGGCGAUGGAUCUGGGCGGGGGAGCUUUGCUGGACCUCUGGUCUCAGACUCUGGAGCGCUACCAGAAAACUUUGGCUCAGUUUAAGAACAGAAUCCUGCAGACGGACAGGGUCCACACAGCGGCCCAGGGUCAGGAGCCCGACUCCAGCGGACGGGGGAGAACUCCUGCUUCGAGCACAUCCAGUCUGGGUGAAUCGGAGACGGAGAUCGAGCCGGAUUGGUGCCCUGGCGCGGGGGGAGAAGGUGGCCUGCAGUCCUGGGGUUCGCUGGCGUCUCUCUUCCGCCCACAGAACUGCUCGACGCUGAAGAUCGGGGAAGAGAAGAAGAAAGAAGGAGUCAAUGCAGGAGGAGGGAAGUUCCUGCAGAACCUGCUGCACGCCGGCAAGAAGAAUCCCACAGACGCCCCCCGCCCUCCAAAACCUCCCCGCAGACGUCAUCCCAGUUUUGAUCUUCAGGCUCUGCUGGCUCCGCGCCGUUCGGCCGCCGUGUCCAAACCUGCGGAGCCUGGGUCGGGUCAGUCCUCUCCGCUGUCCUGGCUGAGCCAACGGGGGCUGACGGACUCCAUCCUCACGGCGGGGGUGACUGCAGCGGCACCUGGAUGGAAGGAUUCUGCCGGAGGUGGGGGGGUGCUCAUCAGAGGAGUGGAGGUCAGCAGUAAAGAGGUGGCCGAUCACACGGGCUUCACUCGUCAGCACGUGCUGCUCAACCGAACCGAAAGAGAGACGGGUCUGGAGAGAGCUGGGGUGACCGCACAGAGUAAACUGUAUUUACAGUGGUGUCGGCUGGUCAGCACCGAGCGUCUGUAUGUAUCUGUACUUAAAGGCGUGGAGGAAAAUUAUCUGCCCCUCCUGGAGUCUUCAGACGCCCCGUCUGGUCUGAGGGGCAAAACCGAGUCACUUUUCUCUAACUGGAAAAGCCUCUCUGCAUUCCACUCGCAGUUACUCUUCCCUGCCAUGGAGGGCGCUCUCUCCCAGACACUACAGCAGACCGACUGCUUCACUAAAUAUAGGGAUCAGUUCCUGCUGUAUUCCCACUACAUCCGUAUGAAACCGGAGCCGGACUCUGUACUGAUCACUCAGGCUGCCGACUUCUUUAGGUCCAAGCUGUCUUCCUCUCUUGUUCCCGUCCCUCCAUUUCCUCAGUGUCUCUCCGCUCCCAUUCAGAGACUGGAGCAAUACUGCCAGACACUGGAGGAGCUCGGUGGUCUUAACCCCACCUCUGACUCCGCCCUCUCUAUUAUAAGACACGCCCAGCGGCACGGAGAGGAUCUGCGAGCCAGUGACCUCAUCACAGGGUGUCCGGUAGCGGUAUCUGAGCGUGGUGAUCUGUUGCGUCAGGGUGAGUUGUGUGUAUGCAGUGGAGGCAGGAGGAAGAAGACGGGUGUGAGAAACGUCUUCCUCUAUCAGAACUACAUCAUCUUCACCAAACACAAAACACCAAACCCUGGAUGCAGUCAGUACAGCUUUAAACACAGUAUUAAGUCGUCUGAGAUGGGUCUCACUCAGAAUGUGGGUGAGGACGGACUGAAGUUUGAGGUGUGGGUGAGACAGGUGUCUCGCACCAAGGACUGUCUCACUCUCCAGACCUCCACUGUACAGGAGAAACAAGCUUGGACUCAUGACAUCGCUCAGCUCCUCUGGACUCAUGCAAUGCAUAACACAGAGUUGUGUCUGAAGGAGUCUUUGUGUAUGGGAGUUUCCAGUAAGCUGCUACUGGAUGUGACGGGUGCUCAAAACUCAGAACUGGACUCCAGUUUCAGCCUGAACGAAAGAGUUCAAAGCAGUUGUUCAGACUCAUCGUCUGUGGGGAGUUUGAAAGAGGGCGACUCGCCCGCAUCUGUACGAGAUUUAAAGAGAAACACUGAGCAAACGGGACACGCUCAGAGCUCUUCACCUUCCACCUCUGUUUGAAUCAUCUCAUCUCAACGUAUAAAACGGGUGCUGCUUUAAUCUUCAGAAACACAAAACCUGGAGAAGUUUAGGACUGGAAGAUCUGCAGAUGAACUGUUGUGUAUUGCAGCUCAUGUUUAUAGAUUUUCAGGUACAGAAUUAAAGUGAUGACUUUAGCCCUUCACACACAUCAGUGACUAAACAUAGACUCAUAUUCAAACUGACCAGAUCAACUUUCUUAAUGCCACUGAUGUGUCUGUGUUGAAUUCUUUACAGAUGUUUUUGUAAUCUUUCAUUAUCUCGCUUCUCUUUCUGGCUGAUGUCAGCUGGGUUAGCAGGCUGUUGGUUAAUAGUAACCAGUAAUCUAACAGCUCUUCAGGUUACUGUCACAGGUGAUCACAGACUGUUUUUAUGUUUUUAAUCCCUUAACUGGCGCAGCCCUUUUUAAGUGUGGGGUGAAACGGUGAUGUACACCUUUAAAUUCAUAUAAAUCUGGCAUUUUAUUGGUCUAGAAGCUUAGGCUAUGUCCACACGAAGCCGGUGCAUUCCCUAUCCGAUCAUUUUUUUUCCUUGCUCUAAAAAAAUAAUCCGUAAACAUGAAACCAACUGAAGGCGGUGUAGUAUAUAUGCCGGACCAGUAUGGGGCGCUGUAAUUCUGUCACAGAUAUACACUAUACACGGAGAAAAAGACAUAACCAACGUAUGGUGUUGUCCAUUAUCGCUUGUUGGUCACCACAAUUGCAUAGAAGCAAUAGAUUUUGCUGUAAUAAAGCUAGUAGGCUUUAGUAGCUUCUGUAGCAAGAACACAAUCACGUAGUCCGCCGUUAUUUUUGUUGCUGUUACGUGUAACGCUUCCGACACGUGAUGUGAUGACGUUUUCGCUUCACAAAAUAUACGGAUUGGCUGUACAGACGAAACCGCAAGAGUGUCGGUUUCAGAUUUUUCCACUUUAGGACCUGGUUUCAAAAAAUAGCGGAUUCAGUCUCCCAAAACGCCGGAUCCGUGUGGAUGAAACGCCAAUACGAUAACAAAUUUAUACGUAUGCAGUGAUAAGCGUCUCCGUGUGGACAGCCCCCUAAUCUUGAUCUUUACAGUCCUUCCAGAAAAACGCUGUUUGUGGGCAAACAUCCUUGAUCUUGCGGUACGUUUUCUUAAAAAAUGCGAUGGAAUAUGCCGGAUAUAUAUGCAAUUUUAUGCGAAAUUGUGGGAACUGUUUGCAGCUUUUCAUUGAUGUUCAUGUCGUGUAAUUAUGUCACUUCCUAACAUUCCCAUGACAACAGGGAACAUGGCUGCGCAUGUGUGAAGUUAAUGCAACACUUUUUUUACUUUCUGCUAAGAUAUAUAGGACUUUUUGCUACGAAAAUGCAGGGAUUAUGAAAUCAUGCAAGCCCCGCAUAUUUUCUAUAAUUGUAUUAUUAUUUUUUGGGCCAUUUUGCCUUUUUUAUUUGAUAGAUAGUAAUUAAGAGACGACAGGAAAGUACAGGAUGGAGAGAUGGGUAUGGGAUCAGCAAAGGACCUCAGCUGGGAUUCGAACUUGGGUCGCCAGAAGUGUGUCUGCACCAUAUGUCGGAGCACCGUCCACUACAUCGGCUCUGACAUAU